AUGGAUCGUAAGCGCCUCUCAAGCACAACCCUGGUGGAUGGUGUGGAAAUCCGAUGUUCCGCCUCGUGCGACCAGUACCAGGAUCUCAGGAAACACCUGGCCUCAGCGCACGGCAUCGAUGCGGCUGUGAAAACGGAAACGUUCCGGUGCAGCUCCCUGGAUGACUUCCAGUCGUGGAAGCUUCUACACGAGGCCAACGCGUCAGUCGCCUACCGGAUAUUGAACCGAGCAACAGGUGUCGGUAGAAGAACCUUCGUGUGCACUCGGUCUGGUGUGUUCAGACCAAACGGCAAAGGCGUUCGACGUCUGAAGUCGCAGGGCUCGUCCAAGUUGGGUCACGCCUGCACAUCUCAGCUGGUCGCGGACGUGGCCGAUGACGGAUCGGUGACCGCGACCGUGUACCCCCAUCACUACGGCCACGGGACAGGACCGGUGGAUCUUCCACACCUGAAGAUACCCGCUGCUGACAAAGUCGUGGUCAAGGAGAAGCUGCUGAAAGGGGUCAACCCAUCGCGAAUUAUCCAAGACAUGCGCAGUACGUUGGAAGCGUGUGGGAACCCCAGCUCCAGUCGGGCAUACUAGAUCUCCCGCAAAGACCUAAUCAACAUCGCAACUUCACUGGGGGUGAACAUCACGGGCAGCGCGAAGAAAGACAAAGAUGAAG